AAACUCCAUAUAAAGAAAUAGAAGAAGAUUUAUAGCUAGCUGUACAGAUUGCAGUUAUCACAUUCACAGUGAAUUCUUCCUAUUAUAAGCAAGCAGUAAUAAUGUCUGAGGACAGAGCUGAACGAUCAGAUGGACGGAUGGUGAAGAUGGAGGUUGACUACACUGCUACUGUAGAUCAGCGUCUGCCUGAGUGCGAGAAAAUGGCCAGAGAUGGCAGACUACAGGAGGCCAUUGAGAGUCUACUGUCACUCGAGAAGCAAACAAGAACUGCUUCAGACAUGGUGUCCACCUCCAGGAUCUUGGUGGCUAUAGUUCAGUUAUGCUAUGAAGCUAAAGACUGGGAUGCCUUGAAUGAAAACAUCAUGCUACUGUCUAAGAGAAGGAGCCAGUUGAAACAGGCUGUUGCAAAGAUGGUACAGGAAUGUUAUGCAUAUGCUGAUGCUAUGAGUGACCUGUCAAUCAAACUCCGACUCAUUGACACGCUACGCACCGUCACCGCUGGAAAGAUAUAUGUGGAGAUUGAGCGUGCUAGGCUCACUAAAACAUUGGCCCAAAUCAAAGAGCAAAAUGGAGAUGUGAAAGAGGCUGCAUCCAUUCUGCAGGAACUGCAGGUGGAGACAUAUGGAUCAAUGGAGAAGAAGGAGAAGACGGAGUUCAUUCUGGAGCAGAUGAGGCUGUGCAUUGCUGUCAAGGACUACAUUCGAACACAGAUCAUUAGCAAAAAGAUCAACACUAAAUUCUUCCAGGAGGAGGGCACUGAGGAUUUGAAACUGAAAUAUUAUAAUCUGAUGAUUCAAGUUGAUCAGCACGAGGGCUCCUACUUGUCCAUAUGUAAACAUUACAGAGCCAUAUAUGACACUCCCUGUAUCCUGGAAGAUGCCUCCAAAUGGCAGCAGGCUCUGAAGAGUGUGGUGCUCUAUGUGAUUUUGGCACCCUAUGACAAUGAACAGUCUGAUUUAGUUCAUAGAAUCAGCAUUGACAAGAAACUGGAGGAAAUACCCAAAUACAAGGAUCUCCUGAAACAAUUCACCACCAUGGAGCUGAUGCGCUGGUCAUCUGUGGUGGAGGAUUAUGGAAAGGAACUAAGGGAGGGUUCCAUGGGAACUCCGGACACUGAUGUCUUCACCAGCUCGGAAGAAGGAGAAAAGAGAUGGAAAGAUCUUAAAAACAGAGUGGUGGAACAUAACAUCAGAAUAAUGGCAAAGUAUUACACAAGCAUCACAAUGGGGAGAAUGGCGGCACUGCUUGACCUCUCUAUUGAUGAAUCAGAAGAGUUCUUAUCUAACCUGGUGGUCAAUAAGACCAUCUAUGCAAAAGUAGACCGCCUCGCUGGUAUCAUUAAUUUCCAGCGGCCUAAGGAUCCUAACGAUCUUCUGAAUGACUGGUCUCAAAAACUGAACUCUCUCAUGUCUCUGGUCAACAAAACUACUCAUCUCAUUGCCAAAGAAGAGAUGAUCCACAACCUCCAGUAGAGCCUGUCAGGGAGUCCUUACAUUUGUUUUCCUUUUUUUCACCUUUAAACAUUUGAUUACACGAAUGUUAAAUAAACUUUGUUGUUAAUGCUUUUGUUUAAAUUCUGUUAUUGACAGCGAUGUGGCCUGUACUCAGACCGAGAACAAUGUUAGUCUGUGGUUUCCAUGACAAGUUUUAAACGGCACUUAAGAUUCUUGUAUGUUUUAUGUUCGUGACCUCUGGCUGUAGUUAAGUAAAAAAAAAAAUCACUCUGAACUCCACAUGAAACCUUCCAACUUCAGUGACACCCCACCCCCCUUUGCAUUAAGUAAAUGCCUUGUAUUACAUUUAAACAUUAUUGGAAAAAAUAAGCAUAAUAAUAUUGGUAUUCAGAUGUUGCUACAGCAUCCACAUUAAACUUUUUUGGAAA